AUGGAGAAAUACCUUAGAGCUCUUACAUCUGACUACCCAAAACAAUGGAGCAAGUUUUUAUCUUGGGCAGAGUAUCACUAUAACACCAGUCAUCAUUCAACUAUCAGAAUGACUCCAUUCCAAGCGACCUAUGGGCAACUUCCACCUACCAUAACUGCUUAUACUCGGGGCUCCACGACAAUUCAAGCAGUGGAGGAAGAUUUAAUGACCAGGGACACUAUACUACGACAACUAAAACAUAAUUUACAGCAAGCACAGAAUCAUAUGCGGCAGCAAGCUAACAAGAAGCGACGGAACAUCAACUUUAACAUUGGAGAUUUAAUAUUGGUAAAGCUUCAGCUGUACCAACAGUCCACUGUUGCAAGACGACUCAAUUCAAAGCUUUGUCGUCGUUACUUUGGACCCUUUCCCGUGAUAGCUCGAGCUGGUUCGGUCGCUUAUAAACAUAGCCUUCCUGCAGAUUAUAUUGGAGCAUCUCGAACCCUAGCCCAUUUCCUUGAUAUCAUCCCAAGCCUUUGGAUAGCAUUGGAACAUCCCGAGCCCAAGUCCAUGGAUAUCAUCCUGAGCCUUUGGAUUUUAAAUUUUGGGACAUGUUAG